AUGGCUAGUAUCACAUCUUCUGCCCUGAGGCAGGCUGGUCGCCUUUGCCGACACUCAACAGUUUCCGCCGCUCCUUCGCGAGGCAUUGCUUCGUUGGCCAGGGUAGCGGUCGCACCCACACAGAGAUUAUCUCAGCAGCGCAGAUAUGUUUCGGAAACGAAGCGUGAUAAUGCGCAGGUCAAUGUCGAGACCGCCAUCAAGCUCGACAAGAAGGACUUCAUCGAUGUCGUCCCUCAGUCGCCAGACUCACCAAACGUCAUGGUUAGCCCCAUGGCCGAGGUUUUGAAGCAGGUCACAACAAUGGAGGAGGGCCAACGGCCUAUUUACCUCGAUAUGCAGGCCACAACCCCCGUCGAUCCCCGCGUCCUCGAUGCCAUGCUCCCCUUCUACACAGGCAUCUACGGCAACCCCCACUCGAGGACACACGCCUACGGAUGGGAGAGUGAGGAAGCAGUCGAGACUGCAAGGUCACAUAUCGCCAAGCUCAUCGGCGCCGACCCCAAGGAGAUCAUCUUCACCAGCGGCGCCACUGAGAGCAACAACAUGAGCAUCAAGGGUGUCGCGAGAUUCUUCGGAAGAUCCGGCAAGAAGAAGCACAUCGUUACUACUCAGACCGAGCACAAGUGCGUUCUCGACAGCUGCAGGCAUCUUCAAGACGAGGGUUUUGAAGUCACAUAUCUUGCCGUCAAGAGCACUGGCUUGGUCGAUAUGGAUGAGCUUGCUGCUGCCAUUCGCCCCGACACGGCGAUUGUCAGUAUCAUGGCUGUGAACAACGAGAUUGGUGUCAUUCAGCCGCUUGAGGAGAUCGGAAAGCUUUGCCGGUCGAAGAAGACCUUUUUCCACACCGACGCCGCUCAAGCUGUCGGCAAGAUCCCUAUGGACGUCAAUGCCAUGAACAUUGACUUGAUGUCCAUUUCGUCUCACAAGAUCUACGGACCCAAGGGUAUCGGAGCCUGCUACGUCCGCCGUCGCCCCAGAGUUAGGCUUGACCCUAUCAUCAGUGGUGGUGGUCAGGAGCGAGGCUUGCGAAGCGGCACUCUCGCCCCGCCACUAGCUGCCGGUUUCGGCGAGGCGUGCCGUAUCGCAUACGAGGAGAUGGAGUACGACUCGAAGCGCAUCAAGUACCUGUCCGACCGGCUCCUCAACGGCCUCCUGUCGUUGGAGCACACUUCUCAGAACGGCGAUCCCAAGCACUUCUACCCGGGUUGCGUUAACGUAUCCUUUGCCUAUGUUGAGGGCGAGUCUCUCCUCAUGGCUCUGAAGGAUAUCGCUCUGUCCUCUGGUAGUGCUUGCACUUCCGCUUCUUUGGAGCCCAGCUACGUCCUUCGUGCCCUUGGCAACAGCGACGAGAGUGCCCACAGCAGUAUCAGAUUCGGCAUCGGUCGGUUCACGACCGAGCAGGAGAUCGAUUACGUGUUGAAGGCCGUCAAGGAGAGAGUGGACUUCUUGCGUGAGCUCAGCCCCCUUUGGGAGCUGGUCCAGGAGGGUGUCGAUCUGAACACCAUCCAAUGGAGCCAGCACUAA